AUGACUCAGUCUACACAAUAUUAUGAGAAUAACCAAGAUGCCAAUAUCGUUCGUAUAUUUUUAAUUAGACAUGGUCAAACAGAUCAUAAUGUAAAGAAGAUUUUACAAGGACACAGAGAUAUUCCAUUGAAUGUGAAUGGUAUCAAACAAUCUCAAAGACUUGGAGAAUACAUCAAGGAACAAAACAUCAAAUUUGAUAAGGUUUAUUCGAGUGAUUUAAUACGUUGUCAAGAGACAACAAGAGAGGUUUUGAAUCUGUCUAAUCAAAAUAUGGUGACUGUUGAGUUGAAUUCUGAUUUAAGAGAAAGAUUCAUGGGGCCAAUUGAAGGGAUGCAUGUGAAUGAUGCUGAGAAAUAUGCAGAUAAGCAUGGUAAGGAAUCAUUCAAAGAUUUUGGUGAAAACACAACAAUAUUUUUAGAAAGAUUACAAAGGGGCAUUAGUUCAUCAAUAAAUGAUUCAAUCUCGAAAAAUAACAAAAAUAUAGCAUUAGUAAGUCAUGGUGGUGCAAUUAGAGCCAUUAUGGGAUGGUUGCAGCCAAAUGUUGAAGAUGUUACAAAGAUCAUCGUAUUUAAUACAUCUGUUACUGUGAUAGAUUAUAUAAUUUCAGAAAAGACAUUCAAUGUUAGAUUUAUGGGUAACACAAAUCAUUUAGGUGAAGGUAAAUUUAUGGUUAGUGAUUUGAGAUUGCGUUAG